AUGGGCGACUUCGCAGAACCUGAAGGGGAGAUUAGGUAUUUGGACGAAGAUACGAGGCCGACAAGCGAGAAAGAGUUAUGGGGUUGGUACUCGUAUGGUUGGGCCGCAGAGGUCUUUGCCAUCUGCGCAAUGGGGUCGUUUUUACCCAUUACCCUCGAGCAACUAGCCAGAGAACGGGGAGUACUGUUAAAAGAUAAGACAACACCCUGCAGCGCAGGCUGGAAAACAGACCACGGCACAUCGCCGAACGAAACCGUCUUCGAUUCUCCCAAACACCCGCACAAUGAGCUUCCUGCAUGUGUCGUCUACAUCCUGGGCGCCGAGAUCAAUACUGCCAGUUUUGCCAUGUACACCUUCUCAAUCAGCGUGCUGAUCCAAGCUCUCCUGAUCAUCUCUAUGUCUGCAGCAGCCGAUCACGGCAGGUUUCGGAAGACAUUCCUUCUCGCCUUCGCUUUCACUGGAGCGACAGCUACUGCCCUCUUCAUCACCGUCAUACCCAAGGUCUAUUUGCUGGGAGCGCUCUUCGCCAUCAUUGCAAACACAUGCUUUGGAGCGUCAUUUGUGUUGCUGAAUUCUUUCUUACCCUUGCUGGUACGACACCACCCGUCUAUCGAGCGUGAAAAUGAAGAGAACCAGGCAACAGGCGAUAAUGACGAAUAUAUGGAACACGAAGACCACGCUCUGACGAGCUCGACGUCAGGCCUCCUACCUCGAGACCGCGCCGACGAUACCUCGCCCUCCGAAGAAUCGCCUGCCGCGAUCUCGCCUGCCCUCAGGCUAUCCACCAAGAUAUCGUCAAAUGGCAUUGGCAUUGGAUAUAUUGCUGGCUUAUUUGUGCAAAUUAUCGGUAUCGGUAUAGUAGCCGCAACAAAAUCCACACUCCUAUCCUUGAGACUGGUUCUCCUGCUUGUGGGUGUAUGGUGGUUUGUGUUCAGCAUUCCAGCAGCGCUUUGGUUGCGACCGCGACCAGGGCCGCCUCUACCAAGUGAGUUGACAGGCCGCUACGCGUGGGUGUCGUACGUGACAUAUGCUUGGAAAGCUCUGUUCACGACAAUUGGACACGCCAGAAAACUGAAGGAUAUCGUGAUUUUUCUUUGCGCCUGGUUUUUGCUCAGCGACAGCAUUGCCACGGUGAGCGGGACAGCAGUGCUCUUCGCCAAAACGAGUCUUGGAAUGAACACCCCAGCUCUUGGCUUAAUCAACGUUAUUGCAACGAUUGCGGGAGUCAUCGGCGCAUUUUACUGGAGCUUCAUCUCUCGGAUUUUCAAUCUUCGCGCAUCUAGGACGAUUGUCGCGUGCAUCUGCUUGUUUGAGAUCAUUCCGUUGUAUGGGCUCUUGGGGUUUAUUCCUGCCAUCAAACGAUACGGCGUCUUUGGCCUGCAGCAGCCAUGGGAGAUGUAUCCAUUGGGGGCAAUUUACGGGUUCGUUCUUGGUGGGCUAUCGUCGUAUUGCCGGGCGUUCUUUGGCGAAUUGAUCCCGCCUGGGUUUGAGGCCGCAUUCUACGCCCUGUACGCAAUCACAGACAAAGGGUCCAGCAUCUUUGGUCCGGCCAUUGUUGGCGCCAUCACGGAUCGAUACGGCGAGAUCCGACCUGCAUUUGUCUUUUUGGCAGUACUGAUCUUCCUCCCGCUGCCUUUGAUGUUGUUGGUCGAUGUUGAUCGAGGAAAGGCUGAAGCGUAUCAAAUGGCAUUGGAGCUCGAAGGACGCCGCAAAGCAAGAGAUGACACUAGAUAUACGACGAUACCCACGAUAGUGCUCUCCGAGGAGGAAGAUUGA